AUGCGCUUCUCUACAAUCCUCCCACUUGCUGCCCUAGCUUCCUUAGCUACCGCCCAAGGCCCAGAUUACUGGGGGAGAUUCUCAACCAAAGGCGGAGAGAAUUUCGACGUGACAGGGCCAGGUUGUGUCAACUUCAAGAAAACACAGCCAAUCUACAAUACACUGACCGUGAGGAUUCCAUUUCGAUGCGACGUAUUCGAGGCUGGAAACUGCCUUGGUAGACAUGCGCCAUUCUAUGCGGGCGAGCACGAAGUUACGGAUAUUGUGUUCAGGUCUGUCAAUUGCUAUUUCACUUAA